AUGGCGGCGCAGCCGCAGUCGUCAGGGGCCCCCAAGGGGGCCCCCCAGUUGUCUGAGCCCCCUCAGCUUUCUUCUGCAGCAGACGUGACGGGCCCCCCGUCCCCUGUUUCUCCCCCCCCAUCAGCAGCAGCAGCAGCAGCAGCAGCAGCAGCAGCAGCGCCUGGAGAGGGUCAGGUGUGCGUGUGCGUGGACAGUCCGCCGCGCGGGCGCAGCCGCAGCGGAGGCCGCGCGCGCGGCGGCAGCAGGCAGCGGCGCAGCAGCAGCGGCAGCAGCAGCAGCAGCAGGAGUCUGGAGCAGCUGAAAACAGCAGCGCCGCUGGCUUCCGCGCAGCCCACGCCGUGGGGCCUCAACCGCUAUUUGCUGCUGCUGCUGCACCUGCUGUACGUGGCCGUGAGCGCCCGCGUGCUGUUUGGGUGGCCGCACUUGUCGAACAUGCUGCUGCGGGACGGGGCGUACCUGUGGCUGUGCGACCCGGAGCAGCAGCAGCAGCAGCAGCAGCAGCAGCAGCAGCAGCGGCGGUACGCGUGCGUGGCGCAGGACGAACAGGUGCAGUUCCUGUUCACGCUGGGAGUUGCUGUUUCGUUUUGCUGCUCGCUGCCGGCGGGGGCCCUGCUGGACUGGGGGGGCCCCCGUGCUGCUGCUGCAGUGGGGCAGCUGUGUGGGGCCGCGGGGUGGCUGCUGCUGGGCCUCGCGGGGCAGCAGCAGCAGCUCUACGUGCCCGCCGUGCUGCUGCUGGCAGCAGGAGCUGACGCAGGCUACCUGCCAGCUUUGACUGUUGCCAAACUCUUUCCCAAGCAGCAGCAACUUGUCUUGGUGUUGAUUUGCGCAGCAAUGAGUGCCAGCUUCAGCGUGACGGCCAUCAUGGACGCGGCCUGGCGCGC